AGGGAGAAGCAGUCUGUGAAGCCCCUGUCAGGCGCGCCAGCCGGGGCCACGUGUCCGUGUCGCCCUCGGCGUCCUCGCAGCGCCCCCUACGGCCCUCUUUGUGCGCCUGCGCCCGCCGCCGCGUUUCGGCUCGCGCCUUGUUUGGCCCCGGCCGCGCUCCGUCCCGGGCUCCGUGCGUUGCCAUGGAGACCGGCGAGGCCCGGGGCUGCGGGCGCCGGGAGCGAGCGGCGGCGACCUGAGGCGCCGGGGGACGGAGGCAGCAUGUCUUUCCGCGACCUCCGCAAUUUCACAGAGAUGAUGAGAGCCCUGGGGUAUCCACGGCAUAUUUCUAUGGAAAAUUUCCGCACCCCCAAUUUUGGCCUUGUGUCCGAAGUGCUUCUUUGGCUUGUGAAAAGGUAUGAACCUCAGACUGACAUCCCUUCUGACAUAGACACUGAACAGGACCGCGUUUUCUUCAUUAAGGCAAUUGCCCAGUUCAUGGCUACUAAGGCGCAUAUAAAACUCAACACAAAGAAGCUUUACCAGGCCGAUGGGUAUGCAGUGAAGGAGUUGCUGAAGGUUACGUCCGUGCUUUAUAAUGCUAUGAAGACGAAAGGGAUGGAGGGCUCUAAGCCAGGAGAGGAAGACGUCAGCAAGUUCAAGUUUGAUCUUGCCUCCAAGGUGGCAGACUUGAAAGCAGCCAGGCAGCUUGCUUCUGAAAUCACCUCCAGAGGAGCGUCUCUGUACGACUUGCUGGGCAAGGAGGUCGAGCUCAGGGAACUGAGAACAGAAGCCAUUGCAAGACCUCUGGAAAUCAAUGAGACUGAAAAAGUGAUGAGAAUUGCAAUAAAAGAGAUCUUGGUGCAAGUUCAGAAGACAAAUGACCUGCUCAAUAACGUUGCCUCUGAUGAAGCUAAUUUAGAAGCCAAAAUUGAAAAAAGAAAAUUAGAACUGGAAAGAAACCGGAAGCGUCUCCAGAGCCUGCAGAGUGUCAGGCCUGCCUUUAUGGAUGAGUAUGAGAAGAUUGAGGAAGAAUUGCAAAAGCAGUAUGACAUUUAUCUCGAGAAGUUUCGCAAUUUAGCUUACCUGGAACAGCAGCUUGAAGACCACCAUAGGAUGGAGCAGGAGAGGUUCGAGGAAGCAGAAAACACGCUGCGUCUGAUGCAGAGCAAGCUGAAGGAGGAGGAGAGACGGCUGUUCAAGACUGGAGGGAACGACGACUCAGACAUGGACAUUCAGGAGGACGACGAGUCUGACAGUGAGGUGGAAGACAGGCGGCUGUCCAAGCCGCGGACGGCCAUGGAGGUGCUCAUGCAAGGACGACCCAACAAACAUGUCGUGGGCACGAUGCAGGGCGGAGACUCCGAUGAUGAAACGGAAGCAGCACCAGCUCUCUUAGGUAAAUGCAAGACUUCCAGCUCCAAGAAGCAGGAUGACUCAGAGGACAGUGAGAUUGACAUGGACGACGAUGAAGAAGAUGACGAGGAUUUGGAGGACGAGAGCAUUGCUCUGUCACCAGCUAAGCCCAGCAGAAGGGUCCGGAAGCCUGAGCCCCUGGAUGAGAGUGACAAUGAUUUCUGACCCUCUUGCCAAGGGACCCAAGCAGAUGACAGACCUCAGAUUUGUAGGUAAAUGGACCAUGAGAAGGUUAGGAAGGUGACCUAUGACCGCUCCCCACGCCAGCCCGACUCGUUGAUGCGAGGUGCUUGUUUCGCAUUCGCCUCCUGUGUAUAGAUUCCGUGAAGCUUAAUAAGAACUGGAGCAAACCCCAAAGAUGACUUGCUUUUGCCUUCUUUAUCUCCUGUAACCUGGGAGAUCAAGUGUUCUUAGUGGUUCGCAUCCACGGGAGAAAACUCGGGAGAAGGGAGAGCUGACAGCACGGGAGUCUCGGGACUUGACACAGGGACCCGGCGCAGGGUCGGGGACAUUGGUUAGAACGCUUAUUGCACACUGGCUUUUCAUUCUAGCCCUUAUUUCAUUUUCUUAUUUUCUUUCUGCUGCAUGCUUACAGUCCCAAGCAUUAAGUGCAUUUCAGUAAUUAAAGUUUUCUGAAGGGCUAGCUAAGUUAAGUGAAAAGCAGCUUCCCAUUGAAAAUGAGGCACAGAGAAAGGCUCCAAGGCUGACAUUCCCUUGGGAGUCAGAGUCCCCAAGUGUGACAGCCCCUUCGUGUGUCCAAGGCCGCUACUAAGUGGCAGAACCCGGCUGAACCAGGGGCCCCCAUUCCAGACUCCCGAGAUACCAGCUGGCCCUCCGUCUGCCCACUGGGUUCCUCCACAGAACCUUGUCUCAAGUGUGGCAGGGUGCUGUCCCAAGGCUCACAACCAGCACACCUCCUUAGGGGAAGGCGCCAGCUCAGCAAAAAGUGUUAGUCCCGAUUUGUGUUUCUGAUUCUAAAAUAAACCAGAGGACUUAGGGAGAGGCGCACAGGAAGAGUUUCCUUGUUGUGAAGAGAUGUGAUGGCAGUGAGUUGGUUUAUUGUUUGUUUUAGUAUGAAAAGCACAAAACUGCUCGUUUGCUUUACAGUUAUGACGUCAGAAGACUUCUGAAGUUACUUAUGUUUUAAUGAAUGUAUUUAAUGUCAUUUUUACAUUAUUAAAGCUUUACUCGAAAGUAUAA